AUGGUGCUGAAUAGGAUUCUGUAUCAGCCUCCUGUUAUGCAUCCUCGAAGACGGCAGGAUGUCACUCACAAGAAUGUCCAUCAACUCUUCCAGGCUCGGAAUUUCCAAGACAGUGUUGCCGCACGCCUCGCCGACUCGGUCAAGAUUCCAACGGUAACAUAUGAUGGUAUGGGUCAUGUCGGGGAGGAUCCUCGGUGGGAGGUUUUCUUUCAAUUCUCGAAUUAUCUGAAGAAGGCGUUUCCAAGAGUAUACGAACAACUGACGGUCGAAACGGUCAAUCAGCAUGGCUUGUUGUACACAUGGCGCGGGUCACAGGAAGCUAUGAAACCCCUCUUGUUCAUGGCACAUUCAGAUGUCGUCCCCGCUGGCGAGUCGACUUCCGAAGAAUGGACUUAUUCUCCUUUCUCAGGCCAUUACGAUGGGGAGUAUAUCUGGGGUCGAGGUUCCGAAGACGACAAGUCGAACCUCAUAGCAAUGUUGACAGCUAUCGAUUGUUUACUUGCAUGCGACUUCAUACCACAUCGAACUGUGAUCCUCUCGGUCGGCUUCGACGAGGAGGGUGGAGCCGAACAGAGUUACGGCGCCAGGUGUCUUGCGGAAAUUCUAUUGGACAGAUAUGGGAAGGACGGUAUCGAAAUGAUUUUCGAUGAGGGUAUUGCAGGCAUUGAGAAUCGUUUUGGGACCGACUUCGCACUUCCUGCAACUGCCGAAAAGGGAUAUAUCGAUGUCACUGUGACUGUCAAUGUUCCUGGGGGUCAUUCUUCCACUCCACCUGACCACACAGCUAUCGGCUUUUUGGCUCAAAUAAUUCGACUGAUCGAAGACCACCCAUUCAAAUCACAGCUGGUUCGAAACAAUCCGACCCUGACUUACCUUCGACAAGCAGCGUUGUAUUCCAAGAAAAUGCCGGAAGAUCUGCGAGAGGCGAUUCUCGGCGCACAGAACUCGAAGAAGCUCCUCGAAUAUAUGGAAAGCGACCGCGAGAGACGUGCCAUGAUCAGAACAUCCACGGCUGUUGAUGUGAUCCAAGGCGGAGACAAGGUGAAUUCGCUCCCAGAAAAUGCCAGUGUCCUCGUCAACCAUCGCAUCGCAAUACAGGACUCUGUCCAGGCUGUCAAAGACCACUAUGUUCAUCUCCUUGCGCCUUGGGCCCGCGAACAAGGUUUCACACUCCAGGCAUUCGGUGCUAAGGCUCAACAAGAAAACAGCACCUCGAUGCGACCAGGUAACAACACUGCCGAUUGUGGUGACCUCACUCUUUCCGCACAUUAUGAGCUGGAAUCAUCACCGGUUUCAAGCGCAGAGGAUGCCCGAUUCAGAUUACUCGCUGGUACCAUCAAAGGUGUCUUUGGAAAUGAUGUUGUUGUAGCCCCAGAGUUGUUAACUGGCAACACCGACACCAGAUACUAUUGGGACCUUUCGCCGCAAAUAUAUCGCAUGUCUCCAUGGCGAGCCAGUCAUGACCCUCGAGGGACCCGGAUGCACACGGUGGACGAGAGAAUGCCGAUUAAAGGUCUUAUGGAGAUGGUGCACUUUUACCACGAAUUCAUCCGAAUAGUGGACGAGGUGCACAUGGACGAUACCCAAUCGAUUCACAAUCAGACUCGACACGAGAGCGCCAUUUCACCUGUUCCUUCACAGCAGGUAUGCGUCACAUGA